CGUUAAGUAAUUGUCUCCCCACUUUUUCGCACUGACGUGCUGCAUUUUUUCUCGUGGACUUUUCCGCUGAAAUUGUGCAAGUAAUAUUGGCGUAAUUGCCCCAAAAAGUGCUCAAUUGUGCAGUUAAAUGCUGAAGUAAUCGUGUAGUUAUCGGAAAAUCAUGUCGCGAUACCUACAAAAACCGGAAAAUGCCCUGAAAAGGGCGAACGAAUUCAUUGAUGUUGGCAAACCGGCUCGGGCUCUGGACACGCUCCAGGAAGUGUUCAGAAACAAGAAGUUCACGUAUACGAGCUCCGAGUCUAUUAUUGAGCCCAUAAUGUUCAAGUACUUGGAUCUUUGUGUGGAGCUCAAGAAGUCCCACAUUGCCAAGGAGGGAUUGUUCCAGUACCGAAAUAUGUUCCAGCUGGUCAAUGUGGGUUCCCUGGAGAAUGUUAUUCGGGGAUAUUUGAAGAUGGCUGAGGAGCGUACUGAGGCAGCUCAGCAGCAAUCCUCCCAGGCAGUGGUAGACAUUGAUGAUUUGGACAAUCUGGCCACUCCGGAGAGCAUCCUCAUGAGUGCUGUUUGCAGUGAGGAUGCUCAGGACAGGAGUGACAGAACAAUUCUUCUGCCAUGGGUUAAAUUCCUCUGGGAAUCCUACUGUCAGUGUCUGGAACUUUUGCGCGUGAAUACGCAUUGCGAAACCCUCUAUCAUGAUAUUGCUCGAAUGGCCUUCCAAUUCUGCCUCAAAUACAAUCGCAAAAUGGAAUUUAGGAAGCUCUGCGAGAAGCUCAGGAAGCAUCUUGAGGACAUCUGCAAGCCAUCUACUCAGACAAUUGGGGUUAGCAUCUCUAAGCCGGAAACGCAGCAAUUGAACCUGGACACAAGGCUUCAUCAGCUGGAUAGUGCUAUACAGAUGGAACUGUGGCAGGAGGCUUAUAAGGCAAUUGAGGACAUUCAUGGACUCAUGAAUAUGAGCAAGAAAACUCCUCUGGCCAAGACAAUGGCCAACUACUACCAGAAACUCGCGAUGGUGUUCUGGAAAGCGGGCAAUCAGCUCUUCCACGCAGCUGCCCUUCUUAAGCUUUUCCAGCUGACGCGCGAGAUGAAGAAGAAUAUCACUCCGGAGGAACUUCAGCGUAUGGCAUCGCAUGUCUUGGUGGCAAUUCUGGCAAUUCCUCUGCCCUCGGCUCAUCCAGAAUUUGAUCGAUUCAUCGAGACGGACAAGAGUCCACUGGAAAAGGCUCAGAGAUUGGCUGUUCUGCUGACACUGCAGCAACCACCAACAAGGGCGAGUCUGCUGAAGGAUAUGGUGAGACUCAAUGUACUGGGAUUGGCUUCUUCGUCUCUCCAGGAUCUCUACAAGUGGCUGGAAAUUGAAUUUGAUCCCCUGAAUCUCUGCAAUCACGUUCAGGCUGUGAUUGAUCAGAUCAAUGCCGAUGAGAACAGUCUGCUGAAGCAGUACUCACAGGCACUGCAGGAUGUGACAGUUGUGAGGUUGAUCAGGCAGAUUUCGCAGGUGUAUCAGUCCAUUGAGUUUACGAGAUUUCUGGAAUUGGCCAAAUUUGCCGAUGCAUUCUACUUGGAGCGCAUCCUUGUUGAUUGUGUCCGGCACAAUGAUAUGCAGAUUCGCAUUGAUCACAAGCGCAAAUGCGUGCAUUUCGGGACGGAUCUGAGUGAGAGUCAACGGGAGGAUAGGCAGGAUGGACCUACUCUGCAAUCGAUGCCCAGCGAACAGGUAAGGUCUCAACUUGUGAACAUGUCAAUUGUUCUCCAUCGAGCAAUUGCAACAAUCAAUCCCAAUAAGAGAAAGUCCGAGUUGGAGAAGCUGAGGAGUCAGAUGGUGGAGAACUAUCACAAGAACAAAGUGGCUGAGCAUCAGAGUAUUCUGAAGCGGCAGAAGAUCAUUGAGGAUCGCAAGGAAAUCAUUGAGCGUCAGACAAUUGAGCGGGAAGAGGAGCAGUUGAGACGUCAGGAAGAGCUGAAUAGGCAACAGAAGAUUGCGGAAAUUAAGAGGAUGGAAGCUGAGCAGGAGGAACGGGAACGCAAACGGCAUGCCAAUGAGAUUCAGCAGAUAAAGGAGCGUAGUCUCAAGGAGAAGAUGCAGCAGCUGUCGCAAACGGCAACGGGGCAGAAGGUGAUGAAGAAGUUGGAUGAGGAGGAGAUUAAGAAGAUGGAUCCGGAACAGAUAGCAGCCAAGGAGGCUGAAGAGCUCAUUAAGGAGCGCAAGGAGAUUCAGGCUAAGUUGAAGAGUCAGGAGAAACGUGUGGAUUACUUUGAGAGGGCUAAGCGUUUGGAGGAGAUUCCGCGGAUUAAGAAGUAUCUGGGUGAGAAGCAGGUGCAGGAUAAGGAAUUCUGGGAGAAGCAGGAAGCUACGAGGAUUGAACAGGCAAUUGCUGAGCGUAAGAUGGCUGUGGCACAGCAGGAACGUCUUAGGCGGAUGAUUGAGGACAAGGAGGCAUUUAUGGAGACUCUGAGGGAACAGAGAAAUUCGCAGUUUGAUGUGAAGGUGAAGGAGUUCAAUGAGCGCCUGGCGGAGGAGAGGAAGGAACGUCUGGCACAGAGGAUUGUGCAGAGGCGGGAGGAACGGCGGCAGAAUUGGCUGAGGGAGAAGGAGGAAGAGAAGAGGCGUCGUGAGGAGGAGAUUAGGAAGGCAAAGGAGGAAGAGGAGCGCCUGGAGAGGGAGCGUAAGGCAAAGGAGGCAGCAGCUGAAGAGGAGAAACGGCGAUUGCAGUGGGAGAAGCAGAGGGCUAAGGAACUCGAGGUUGAACGUAAGAUUCAGGCUGAGAAGGAGGCCAUAGCCAAGAGUGUGCAGCAGGAGGGAGUAUCGUGGCGUGGAGGAGGAGGAGGAGGAGGAGGAGAUCGUGGGGAUCGCAGUGAGCGAAUGGAAAGGGAUCGGCCGGAACGUGGAGAGCGUCCUGAACGUGGUGAGAGGGAACGUCCUGAGCGUCCGGUUGAGAGUGAUUGGCGCAGCCCGAGGGAUAGAUUUGAUGGGCCACAGGGAACAGGAGCUGGGAGAGAUCAGUGGCGCCAGAAACCUUCCGGAGGGAAGGAUUCUUCCGGAGAUGGUGAACGCUGGCGCCGUGGAGGCGAUGGCGAUGGCGAGAGACGCAGGGACGAUAGACCCUUCACCCGUCGAGAUGGAGGAGGAGGGGACAGGGAUCGCAGGGAUAGGGAUCGUGAUCGUGAUCGUGAUCGGGAUGAUAAGUAUCCACCACGACGGGAAAUCCCGCGGGAUCGCGAUGAUCGCCGAGAUGAGAGAUCCCAGUGGCGUCGUGAUGAUCGAGGAGAUCGUGGUGAGAUGCGUCGCAAUCAGGCCGGAAGGGGAGGAGGAGAUCGUGAUCGUGAUCGUGAUCGUCAGCCGCCCAAGGAUGGUGGCAGUAGUGGGAAUUAUUGGCGCAGCGAAAGACCUCGCCAGGAGCGAGAUAAUGACGAUAGACGCGAUCGGCCGCCGCCACCGCGACGUGAACGAGAAGAUCGUCCGCCCAGGGAUGAGACCGAAUGGUCAGAGGUAAAGAGACGCUAAAGCAGAGAGAGCUCUUCCUAAAAAUUUACAUUAUAGAUUAAUCCCUCUCGGCUGAGGAAAACCUCGCCAGUAAUCAAUUUUAUUACUUGGAAUUAUGUAUUUUCAGCUACUUUUCAGAAUUGCAAAAUAAAAUUCAGUAAAUUUGA